UCUGAGAAAUGAGAUGGAGAAAUACGAGCGGAUCCGAGUGGUAGGGAGAGGCGCCUUCGGGAUUGUGCACCUCUGCCUGCGAAAGGCUGACCAGAAGCUGGUGAUCAUCAAGCAGAUCCCAGUAGAGCAGAUGACCAAAGAAGAGCGGCAAGCAGCCCAAAACGAGUGCCAGGUGCUCAAGUUGCUCAACCACCCCAAUGUUAUUGAAUACUAUGAGAACUUCCUGGAGGACAAGGCACUCAUGAUCGCCAUGGAAUAUGCACCAGGUGGCACCCUGGCUGAGUUCAUCCAAAAGCGCUGCAACUCUCUGCUGGAGGAAGAGACCAUCCUUCACUUCUUUGUGCAGAUCCUGCUUGCCCUGCAUCAUGUGCACACCCACCUCAUCCUGCACCGGGACCUCAAGACCCAGAACAUCCUUCUUGACAAACACCGCAUGGUUGUCAAAAUUGGUGAUUUUGGCAUCUCCAAGAUCCUUAGCAGCAAGAGCAAAGCCUACACGGUGGUGGGUACUCCAUGCUACAUCUCCCCUGAGCUGUGUGAGGGUAAACCCUACAACCAAAAGAGUGACAUCUGGGCCCUGGGCUGUGUCCUCUAUGAACUGGCCAGCCUCAAGAGGGCCUUUGAAGCGGCAAACCUGCCAGCACUGGUGCUGAAGAUCAUGAGUGGCACCUUUGCCCCCAUCUCUGACCGGUACAGCCCUGAGUUGCGCCAGCUUGUCCUGAGUCUGCUCAGCCUGGAGCCCUCACAGCGUCCACCACUCAGCCACAUCAUGGCUCAGCCCCUCUGCAUCCGGGCCCUCCUUAACCUUCACACGGAUGUGGGCAGCGUUCUCAUGCGGAGAGCAGAGAAGUCCCUGGUCCCAGGACCACCCAUAGCCCCCAGCAGUACAGGGAACAGGACUUCCAGUGCCCGCUGCAGAGGCAUGCCCCGGGGAUCACUGAGGCCUGCCAUCCCCCCACCACUCUCUUCAGUGUAUGCGUGGGGUGGGGGGCUCAGCACACCUCUGCGGCUGCCCAUGCUCAACACUGAGGUGGUCCAGGUGGCCACCGGGCGCACACAGAAGGCCGGGGUCACACGCUCGGGACGCCUUAUCCUGUGGGAGGCUCCGCCCCUAGGCGCUGGGGAAGGCGUGCUCUUGCCUGGGGCGGUGGAGCACCCUCAGCCCCAGUUCAUCUCACGUUUCUUGGAGGGCCAGUCAGGCGUGACCAUCAAGCACGUGGCCUGCGGGGACCUCUUCACCGCUUGCCUGACUGACCGUGGCAUCAUCAUGACCUUUGGCAGUGGCAGCAAUGGGUGUUUGGGCCAUGGCAGCCUUACUGACGUCAGCCAGCCCACCAUUGUGGAGGCCCUGCUGGGCUAUGAGAUGGUACAAGUGGCCUGUGGGGCUUCCCAUGUACUGGCCCUUUCCACUGAUCGAGAACUGUUUGCCUGGGGCCGUGGAGAUGGUGGUAGGCUGGGACUAGGUACCACAGAGUCCCAUAGCUGCCCCCAGCAGGUACCUUUACCCUCAGGACAGGAAGCCCAGCGAGUUGUAUGUGGCAUUGAUUCUUCCAUGAUCCUCACAGUGUCUGGCCAAGCCCUGGCAUGUGGGAGCAACAGGUUUAACAAGCUGGGCCUGGACCACCUUUCUAAGGGGGAGGAGCCUGCCUCUCAUCAGCAAGUGGAGGAGGCCCUAAGCUUCACACCACUAGGCUCUGCACCCCUGGACCAAGAGCCCCUCCUGAGUGUGGACCUAGGCACUGCUCAUUCAGCUGCUGUGACUGUCUCAGGCAGCUGCUACACUUUUGGCAGCAAUCAGCAUGGGCAGUUGGGUACCAACACUGCCCGCCGGGGAAGCCGGGCACCCUGUCAGGUCCAAGGCCUGGAGGGCAUUAAGAUGGUGAUGGUGGCCUGUGGGGAUGCCUUCACUGUAGCCAUUGGGGCUCUGUCCUAUCUGGCCAAAUCCACUUAG